AAUUUUUAGUAACAAGGUGCCCCGUAGCAAUGCUAAACAGUGCUGUCACUAACGAUACGUAUUCCCAUACCUUUCAUUUGGGUGGAAGGAGGAAGCAAAUUUUUUCUUUUCUCUGAGGAAGGAGGUAGCAAAUUAGAUGGGUGUUUUAAAUCAAGUUUUGAAGUGGGUAGUUACCCAAUGACAUUUUCAAUUGGUUUCUCAAAUUCUGAUGGUUUAAUUGUCUCCCUCUUCAAACACUACCAACAUGAAAAAUCUCUUGGCAAUUGGGACAUAAUAGAAUUGCUUCCACAGCCUAAAAGUGAAUGGGAUCCCACUGGGUCACUGCCUCUGCCGUUUUCAGAUGUUAAAUAUCCAUACUUGGAAUAAUACCUCUACUUUUAUAUUUCAAUGAACCUUUCAAAUCAAAAGUUGCUCCUAUUCUAUUUUACCUUUUUUUAUUCUUUUUCUUUUGGAGGGUUUUAAAUUACGUUUAAUCUUUUUUAUUGAUCUGAACCUAUCUGGAGAAAAGAGUGAGACCAUGGAAAUUUAACAAGACACAAGACACUGCUAUCGAGUAUUGCAGUAUUAUCAGUUCAGUACGUCCUUACUCAGAACAAUAGAUAGGGGCCUGGAGUUCCAAACUCUUUUCUUCGCUUCCACGUGUCAACUCAUAAAGCAGCCAGCAAAGUUCCAACGGCUAUUUUCCCUUUCCCGCCCUCUUCUUAAAUAUAUAUUAUAACAGAAACACGAAACAGAGAGGCAGAGUUGCAUUACAAUAGCACCCAAUCACACUCUUCUCUUUUUUCCCUCCCCCAAGAAAAAAAAAAGAAAAUAAACCAUUUCUUUAAUCAAGAAUCUCAUUUUCUCUUAUCCAAACCAUGACCAAGAUCGACGCCCUCCGUCGAUACCUCCUCCCUUGCUUCUCUCCUCCUACCACCUCGACCACCCACCACCACACCGCCAAGAAACGCAUCAGCACCUCUCUCCGCGACGAUCUUCUUGGCCCAACAGUAAAUCAAGAAUGCCAAAAUCAAGAAAACCAAGAUUCCACCUCCUCCUCCUCCGCAGAAUCAAGAAUCACUGCCACAACCACUGCAUUAGCACCAGCACGCCCAUCAAAAACAAUGGUGGUCGGUACCAUCUUCGGCAACCGUCGCGGCAACAAAGUUUGGUUCUGCAUCCAAUUCGAUCGUUUCUCAACUAAAUCUCUUUUCCUUCUUGAACUCAACAUCCCAACCCCCCAGCUCGUUAAAGAAAUGCAAUGUGGGCUUGUCCGGAUCGCUCUUGAAUGUGCCAGACCCGAAUUCAAUUCUUGCCCGCUCCGUUCAAUUCCGGUUUGGACUAUGUACUGUAAUGGGAAAAGAACUGGGUUUUCUCUAAAAAGAAAAGCAACUGAUCAGAACCGACUGAUGUUAAAGACCAUGCAAUCAAUGACUGUUGGGGCGGGUGUUAUUCCAGCCGGAUUCGGGUCGUUGGGUAAUACGGAAGAGAUCAUGUAUAUGAGAGCUAAUUAUGAGCACGUGGUUGGUAAUGCUAAUACGGAGUCGUUUCAUUUGAUUAAUUUGGAUGAGUGCGUUGGUCAAGAACUGAGUGUUUUCUUGAUGAGGACCGGGUAAAUCUGAAGUUAACUUAAUUUCUUUCUUUUUUUCCUUUACUGUAAAAGAAAAUUAGGGUUAUUCUGUUGUGAUUUUAGUGGGGAUUUGAAAACUUAAGUGUUUUCGUUCAUUCUUGGGAAAUGAAUUCUUUAUCAAGAAUUUUUGUGAAUUGGGGUGAUCUUGAUAAAGGUACUGCUCCAUUUAAUUUUGUUCCAGGGAGUUCUAUUAUAGGCAUGGAUUAAGGAGGAAUUUAAGUUCAAGACUAGCUAGGCUAGUUAGUUUCUGUGUAAAUUUUGAAAAAUGAAAAAAAGAAAACAAGUCAUAAAAACUGUUUCAUGGUUCAAUGGCAGUGGAAGUUCCACUGUAAUUUCUGUAUCUGCACAAUCUUAAUGAAUUCCAGAUGCUUAU